AUGGCUAAAAGAUUGCGCCGAGUGUUUGAGUUCCGUGCAAUCGAUAAGGUCGUGACAGGAAGCUCGACAGAGGACAGGGUCACGGAACUCGAGAAGCAGAUCCAAGAGCUCCAGAAAAUGGUGGAGCAGCAACAGGAAAGAAUCGAAGCUCUGGAGCAAUGGCCCGGCGAUGUCGCACUUGUCGAGGGGAUGGAAACCCAAGACGAUAAUAACACUCCGGUGUAGCCUCAUACUCUGUCUUUUCAAGAAGGGAUUGGGAGGGUUGG